AUAAAUUAAACCCUUUGAUGAUCGAGCAGUAGUCACAAUCCUCCCGAAAGUUGGGAAUUCGAUCAUAAUAAAACUAACCCAUUGUUAAUUAUUGUCAUUAAAUCAAACUAACCAACAAAAUGUUUCGGUUAUUCCUCGCCCUCUUCCUCUUUCUCGUCUUGCAAAGGUUUCCAUGCCUUCCCGCCACAAAAAUAACCGAAUUAACUGCCGAAGACAGCCCGUGGCGGGGAUUCCUCGGCUUCGUCGACCUCGGGAAAGGCAGCCGAGCCGCCGGCGUGUCUGAGCUCAAGAAGUACUUCCACCGUUUCGGGUACCUCCUGCCGCCGCCGCCGCCGGUGGUGGGUAAGUAUUACCGCCGUCAUAAUCGUCACCAAAAUUUCACCGACUUGUUCGACGACCAACUCGAGUCCGCGGUUCUUCUGUAUCAGAAGAAACUCGGCCUCGCCGUCACCGGAAAACUAGACUACGACACCCUGCACGAGAUCGUGCAGCCGCGGUGCGGCGACGGCGACGCCGGGAUGCGGCGGCGGCCGCGGCCGGCGGGGGAGAAGUACGCCUACUUCAACGGAAGGCCGCGGUGGAGGGGGGCGCCGCCGGGGGAGUUGACAUACGCGUUCUCGCCGGAGAACAUGGUGGAGUACAUACCCAUGGCGGAGGUACGGGCGGUGUUCCGGAACGCCUUCUCGCGGUGGUCGGCGGUGAUUCCGGUGAACUUUACAGAGGUGGAGGACUACCCGUUUGCGGACGUCAGGAUCGGGUUUUACCACGGGGACCACGGGGACGGGGAGCCGUUUGACGGGCAGCUGGGGAUACUGGCCCACGCGUUCUCGCCGGAGAACGGGAGGCUCCACCUCGACGCGGCGGAGACGUGGGCGGUUGACCUUGGUCAAGAAAAGUCAAAGGCGGCCGUUGACUUGGAAUCUGUGGCCACGCACGAGAUUGGGCACAUUCUUGGGCUGGCCCACACGUCGGUCAAAGAAGCAAUUAUGUACCCGAGUUUGAGCCCAAGAACGAAGAAAGUGGAUCUUCGGAUCGAUGACGUGGAAGGGAUCCAGGAACUUUACGGGUCGAACCCGAAUUUCAAGUAUAGCUCUUUGUUGUGGUCGGAUAUUUCUUCAGGACUGAAUGAGCAACGAACAAUCGAAGAACAAAGCAACCUUCGUGACUCCCCUCUCCUUGAGCCAAGACAACGCUUCCUUGAUUGCGAAGGCCUCUCCAACUCGAGCCUCAAAAGGACAUCGAAAGAUUCUACUAAAGGCACCCCCAUAGGAUCCAUCCUCCCUCAACAAGACUGCUGCCACCCCAACUGGAUGCUGUUACUCUUUCAUCACGUUGUCGGAGGGGCUGCCGACCGUGUGGGCAAUAGGCCCGAGGUCUACGAGACGGGUUCGUGGAUGCUUGUGGCUGCUAUGGACCGAUCGGAACAAAUGUGUUUCACAAUCACUUUCUUUGCUGCAAUUGAUGGAAGGUGGGGAUUUGGAUCAAGAGGGCCAGCCUAGAGGACGUUGAUAUGUGACGCCGUGGAUGAUGUCGAAUGGAUGAAGAAGAGGUGGGCCAAAAAACUCCCGUCUCUCUUUCUCUAUCAAAAACAAAAGAAAUGGAGGAAAUGGGAGCAAGAAAUCCUUACAGAUGACAAUUAAUGGUGAUUUCCAGAGCUUUUUCAACUGUCUAUCAAAUUUUACCUCUGCAAAAGGGAUGGCGAGGAAAGAAGGGGAGAUUAAUAGUGUGUGGGAGCAUUUUGAAUUGGGCUAACAGAGCAUUAUCGCCUGGAGUGAGGGGAAUAUAAAAAAAAUGUAUAUGAGUUAUUUUUUUAGGAUUACAAUGGAAAUGGACUGAAAGUAAUACGCCUUCUGUCUUAUAGACCUCUGCUGCUUGGGCGCACUUCUUCAGUUCAGCGCCUCACUCAACAGACCUUCGUGCUCCAAUUCAUCUUCAAUCAAUAGCAUGCCAGGGAAACCCCUCAUCGUCAAGUGACGCUGUGGUGAAAAGAAAGGAGAAAUUGAUGA